CGUCUAAUCAUCCAUCCCUGUCGUGUGUGAACUUAUGGGGCCCUCGCCAGUCUUGCCACAGAUUGAACCUGAAGCUCGUGUUAUGCAUGAUCCAUCCGUUGUCACUCCGGGUGUCGGCGAAUGCGUCGCCGCACUAAUAAACAGCAACUCCCCGCUUCAUCGUUUUCUCCCUUCUUGAACUUUUCUUCAAGGUCCAACUCCCCCUCAGUUCCGCUCAACGGGACAGUCCCAUUAAAAAUGGCCUUCAUCACCAGGCUUGUCAGCAUCACGAACUUUGCCGUUGCCACUACAGCGCUGUGUUUCCAGGUGACCGUUUUAUAUCCUUGGCAUAAGCAGCUCGACGAGGACUUUGAGGCGCUCAAGACAGAACACCUGAAGGUACUGGAUGCCAUCAACAAGCUGACGGGGAGUCAACUUAAACCCGUCGAACCGGCCCAUCCUCGAAAGGGAUCCAGUCUGUGGGAGAAGAUCUCAGGCCGAUAA